GCGAGUUUGAAACUAUGAAAGGCCGUUGAGGAAAAGAAAGUGACACAGAGAGAGAGUGAGUUGUGUUGUUGCUUAGUUCAGUCUCUUCCGGCGCUUCGUGGCGUCCGGGACUAGGCCAAGCCAGGCCCUUCCAGGAAAACAUCCAUCGGACUCUCCUUCUAACAUGGCUCCUUCAAAGAAGAAACGGUCAAAGGCACAGAGCAAAAAUUCCCUCAGGGACAAACAGAUCGAUGCUUUCAUUGAGUCCUUUGACCAAGAAGUCAAAAGACGCGUUGAGAAACUCAGGGCGGACCUUAAGAACGUGCAGGAGAAUAUAAGCACCAUGUUCGACCGGGAGAUCCUGCGCCUGCCCACCGCCCUCAGAGAGAUGAACUGGAUCAGCUACUGCGCCCUCGGAGAAGACCCGGCAGUCCUAGAGCAGCUUGCCUUGGAGGGAACGGACGUCCAGGAAAUCAACGAGAUGGCCUCCAAGGCUUUGCGGACCCCCGUCCGAACUGUCCGGAAAGCUGCAAAGGCCAAGCUGCCCAUCGAGAGCAUUGAGGAGGAGGAGGAGGGCCCCGUCCUGCCCUUGAGGAAGAGGUCCCGGCAGGAGGACAAGGCCCCGAUCCCCCUCCCUCCGGAGCAGAAGCCGCUCACGGGAAAGCGGUCGACACGGAAGCCCCCCACGGCCAGGAAGUGCCGCCCACCCUCCUCCCGCCUGAACCAAAGCAGGGCCAGCAAAGGCAAGCUGACCACGCCGGUGUCGUCCAACGGACGCAGUGCUGCCAUCACCACCCCGGGUUUCGCCCCCAGGUUUGAUUCCAGCAUCUUCAAGACCCCCGGGCUGCGGGCCCCCGCCUCCCACGAACCCGUCUUCAGCGUCUCCGCCAACGGCAGCCCCUUGGCCGGCAGCAGCGAUGUCUUUGUCACUCUUCCCAUCGGCAAAGGGGAGAGCAUCCGUGUCAAGGCCAGCGACCUCACGGAGAAGGACCUCCUGCGCCUGAACCCGUCUGCUCUCGGGAGCAUGAAGAAGCUCUCGGCCCAGGUCCUGCGCUUGUGCAAGUAACACCGGCACCCAGCUGAAGACCAGCGGCCAUUUGGGACUUGUUUGGAGGGCCAUUGUUUUUUGGGGAGGGGGCCUUGGCCACCAGGCUCUCCUCUGCGUUGGGACUUGAACCAGGGGAGACAAUGGACAAAUGGAGGCCCCAGGCAUGGUUUUUUACUUGCAGGGCCCCAGGUGGGGACGGGCUGCGUCCCUCUAGACCUUCCUUUCCCACCAAGAAUAACAAGGGGCCACUCGGCCCUUCUUUCCCCCUCCCCAUGGUUGGUUGGUUGUUUGUCUGGCCUGACGGUUUCCCUUGUUUUGGUGGGGUGGGGGACCGCCCCCUCCCUCCUCCCCAUGGUUGGUUGUUUGUCUGGCCUGACGGUUUCCCUUGUUUUGGUGGGGUGGGGGACCGCCCCCUCCCUCCUCCCCAUGGUUGGUUGUUUGUCUGGCCUGACGGUUUCCCUUGUUUUGGUGGGGUGGGGGACCGCCCCCUCCCUCCUCCCCAUGGUUGGUUGUUUGUCUGGCCUGCCUGUUUCCCUUGUUUUAUUGUUUUGGUGCCUGUGCAUAGAAACACUCACUUUUAGCAAGUCUCCCGUUUGCCAUGUUUUUAGAACUGAAUGGGAAUUCCCUUAAUAAAGUGUUACUGUCAGAGUAAUGGACAUAAGACUUUCAAUCUAGACAAACAGCACAGAUCUUCUCAGCAGGCAGAACCAGAUCUCAUCUGAGGCAAUCAGCUAUAUACAAACACACUUGUAGUCUGGACACUCCUCUCUGGUUCCAGCCACAUAUCCAAGGUCAAUACAGCUUCUUACCAAAUUAACUCUUUACACACUAUAGCAUUUCCUGGAUGAUGCAAUACAUGCUAGACACAAAUUUCAUUUAAACACUACCAAUACACAAAUCCCACAUUAACAGUUACUGCCUUCCUUCCAGAAGACUUCUGUCUGUGCCUCACCUGAGCCACGUGCUUCCCGGGAGCCCUGUUCCUCCUGGGAGAAAACACCUAGGCCUUUCACCUUGGCCCUUCCUCACCUGGCAACAUAUUCGUAUGCAUAAAGAGCACACUUGUAAUAGGGGUGAUACAUAGAUAGGUUGGGUGGGGGCAGAUAUUUAGGUAGGAGAGAUAGAUAGAGAGAUAUUGGACUGGGCUUUAGCACAUCAGGUUAAUCGUCAAGCUGCAAUAAAUCUUGCCAACUGAAAGGUUGACAGUUAGAAGCCCGGGUCAGGCUGAGCUCCGGACCUUUAGCCCAGCUUCUGCCUACCUAGCAGUUUGAAAACAAAUGUGAAUAGAUAAAUAGGGACAGCAUUAAAGCAGAGGGUUAUUUCGGCUCUGUAUUUUGAUCAGAAAAAGGAAGUUUACAAAGAAAGCUCUUUGGCAGGGAGAUGGAGCAACAGCACCCGCGGUGGCUAGAACCGAGCACAGCCUCCGAAGAUGCCGAAAGAUGGGAAAGCCUAUAUAUAUAUAUAUAUUGCUGUUGUCUGUCUUGUUAUUGUUAUAAUGGGCAUUGAAUGUUUGCUGUAUAUGUGUUCUGUGUUCUGCCCCGAGUCCCCUUCAGGGUGAGAAGGGCCGGAUAUAAAUACGAUAAGUGAAUAGAUUAGAUAUAGAUAGGGGAGAUAGAUAGAGUAGGCAGGUAGAUAAAUCGGGGUGCUGUGGUUUUUAACUUUGAAUAUGUUUUAAUGGCUUUGAAGAGUUCUAAAAUACUGUUUGCAUUUAAUCCUGUUUCAAUUAUUGCAUAUUGUUAUAUUUUAAAUUGUACGGUAAUGCUUUUAUUUUAAGCCACUUUGAAUAUCCUUCGACAGAGAUAAAGCUGGGAAUCAAUAAAUAUAACAAUAAUAGAGAUUGGGAGACAGAUGGGAAAUGAUUAAAUUCAUUCACAGA